GGCCUCGGAGGGAAUGGUUCUCUCCGUGCUUUGUGUGCGUUCCCGAGGAUGGAGCCGCGUGUUCAGCCCUGGGGCUCUGCAGGGAACGGAGGACUCGCAGGGUUCUUUGCGAGAGAGGCCUGGGCCGCUCGCUGGAGGUAGCUAAGGGAGCAGCAGCCUCUCUAGCAGGAAAACCUCUCUGUACACUGCAGCGGCAGAGUUUCUCCAAGCUUUUGUGCCCAGACAAAGGAGGCUGAAUGCGGUGCUUACUGCCUGCCUUCAUCUGUCCUGGGCUGAUAAGAAGGCUGACGGAUCACCCGCUGCAUCUCUCAGUGCUGGCACCUGGCAGAUGCUCCUCAGCAGCUGAGGGGAUCCUGCUGAGGGCACUUCUGAGGAUGUGGGGCCUGUAACACACGAGCUGCAGGCAGUGUUACCUUCAGCAUUUCCACGGUGAGAGGCUGAGGAGUAAAAAGUAAGAGGUAUUUGUAUAAAAUGUGGAAAAGGUGUGUAUGGAGCGAGCCAGGCUUGCCAAGCAAUGGGUAACCUCUAUCAUACCAACUGCUUCACGUGCUGCUCUUGUGGGAGAAGACUACGAGGGAAAGCAUUCUACAAUGUCAAUGGCAAGGUGUACUGUGAAGAAGACUUCCUAUAUUCGGGUUUUCAGCAAACAGCAGACAAGUGCUUUGUUUGUGGACACCUCAUAAUGGAAAUGAUCUUACAGGCCCUUGGAAAAUCCUACCAUCCUGGCUGCUUCCGCUGUGUGGUGUGUAACGAGUGUUUGGAUGGAGUCCCCUUCACUGUAGAUGUGGAAAACAAUAUUUACUGUGUCAAAGACUACCAUACGGUUUUUGCACCAAAAUGUGCUUCCUGUAACCAGCCGAUCCUCCCAGCACAGGGCUCCGAGGAGACCAUCCGGGUGGUGUCGAUGGACAAGGACUACCACGUGGAGUGCUACCACUGCGAGGACUGUGGCUUGCAGCUCAAUGAUGAGGAAGGCCAUCGUUGUUAUCCCCUAGAGGGCCACUUGCUCUGCCACAGCUGUCAUAUCAGGCGCCUUAAUAUCAAACUGCCAUCACAUCCACCUCCGAGCUACCCCAUGCAUGUCACAGAACUCUGAAAGACAUUUCCAUGGUCAAUAAGCUGUUUGAAAGAGAAGACAAAAGUUUGAAAAUCACUUUCAUGUUCCUUUAAAGAUGAGGUUCCAGUAAUAACCAUCUAAACCAUCUAUUUAUUUUUUAAAUCAGAGGUGAGGGGGUCCUUUUCUGAUCUUGUACAUAUGUUCUUUUAUCUAGACAUUUUCACCGAGACACUGUCUACUUGAACAAAUAAUUCACCACUAAACUGUAACUGUAAAUGGCAGCAUUUCUGAAAACAAUGGUACAAAGGGCUGUUCUGGACUCCCUACUUGCUUCCUUCAGUGGAGAUUUCACCCAAGUAAGGAGUAGAAUUACUUUCCAAAAGUUAGCACCUUAUCAUAUUGCAGCAAGCAUGAUAAGAUAAAUGCUUGCAUUUUAGCUAGUUUUGUUGAAUUCUGGUCUUAGAGAAUACUUAGAUUCCAGAAGUAGGGAAUAGGCAGCAAGCAGGUGUUUAAGCCAGGGCAGUUUUCAGCAAGGUAAGGAAGGGUGUUCUGUGUUCUGUGAAGAAGUGUCAGGCCAGCUCUCCAUCCUGCAGGGUCCCACAGUCAUCCAAAGACUAAUUAUUCAGCUUGCUCAAGAAAUAUGGCAAGGAUUUGAUGUAAAACCCAUGGUACAGAGGAUUGUAUCCAAAAGAUUGGCACGUGCAGGGUCAGUAGUUGCAGCCCUCUGUAAUUGCUGGCUGUGUAGCCAUGGCUUCAAAAUGCAUUCCUAUCAACUGGACCAUUUGGCACUUACUAAAGAAUUCAUCUUUCAAACCUGUUUUUUGUUCAAUAGGGUUCUAUGCAAGGGUACACUUGUCUUUAUACUGCUUGUUUUAUCCAAGACUUCAUUUGUUACCAACUGCUUCAUGAUUGUAUGUUGAGACAUUAUUAAAGAGAGGCCCAGUGGUUUGGUAUUACCUUUUCAGCUUUGUGUUCUUUUCGAGAUUACUUUUGAACUGAUUAUGGUUAUUGUCUUCACUGGAAAACAAAGUGCAGUAUGGCAGGAAUAGUAACUUAGAGAGUCAGACCACAAAACAUCGGUGUUUACAACAAGUAUUAGCUGUACACAGAAUGUACACACUUUCAUGUUUUGCAUAAGCUUUUACAGUACCCUCAGAGCUCUGGGGAGAGAUAUAUGUCUUCCAUAUAGGAAGUUAGAUGAAUCUUUUUUUAUGGUUUGUUUUCUACCACGUGCUGAUGUUUUACAUACAAAUCACACCAUCUGUAUGUCAAAAAAAUUCCUUGCAUUCUCAUGAGAAUUGACCCAGCCUUCCUGAAGCUGCAAUUUAUCAUUGCUGUCUUUAACUGUAUUCAAAGUUACAAUAAAAUAAAAUUCUUCAGCUCCAGAGGAAGCAGAAAUACCAGGUUCUUGGCAUGUGUAAACUGGGAUAUUUCCAUGCCAGUUCUCCACACUUGAGAAUCUGCCCGAUCUGUUCGGAAAUGAUCCUGUGUUAAAUUCAGCAUGCAGACUGAUGGAAUGACUUAUUUGGCAACACCAUUGCAGUUUAGUUUCUUAUGCUCCAUUGACUUUUUGAAAGCCAUUUGUGGUGCUCUUGAAAAGCACAAAGAGCAUCCAAUGGCCACUAAUUCCUAAGUGGAAUAAUUAACUCCCUUAACAGAACUUUUUGACAGUCUGGAAUUUCCUUAUGGGGAAAGGUGGGGGGCAGGGGAACAGAAAAAAUUCUUGAGAACUAUUUUUUUUCUGUUAGUGAGGAACAAAAGGGAUGCUUCCUGAACUUCUGCCAGACUUCCAUGGCCUAAAUUAACCUGUCCUACUGAAGGCUCCUGGGCAAAGUAAUUUUGUAGUUAAUAUAUAUCAGUUUAUAAUUAAAAUAUUUAAUGUGAAUGCCAGGAUUUGAAGGAACUACAGUGCAAUCAGUGCCCCAUUCCUGUGCUGUGGUCCUAGAGGCCUGGCCUGCAAAUGAGAGGCCAGGAGUGCACAUGCAAUUCUGCAUUUGCUGACACUCUCUCUGUGUCCAUAGUCAGCAGCCCAGCCUCAGGAGGAAGUGGAACUACACAUUCCAGCAAAUGUUGGAGAAAGGGGAAAAAAAAAUGUCUUAAACUGGAUUGUAUGACCAGGUCAAUUCCUUCAGGUCAUUACAAACAUGGAAGGCACCAGAGCUUCAGGAUAAACUUUUAGCAUCAGCUACAAUGGAAUUCUUUUUUCAUUGCAGGAGGGUGCUUUGGACCACAUUUAGCCUUGAGGUAUUUUCAUCUGCUUGUCUUUACAAUAUAUAUUAAGGGACCCAGAUUAAGAAAGGUGAUUAAAAUACACAAAGAAGAUUUGGGUCUCUUCCUGGGAACAAAUAACAGUUACUUGCUGAACUGGAAAAUGCUUUGCUCUUCCAGUAGAGAGGCAAAACCUUCACACUGACGGUGGACAGAGCUGGAGGUGACUGACUCUGACAUUCAGCCCAGUCCUCUGCCAGCACCUUCCUGAACACUGUGCCUCCAUCAGGGACAGGUUUAAGUUUCCAACAUACCUUCCAAGGGCCAGCACACUUUCAAACAUGUACAUACCAGAACAUUUCUUUGUUUUUUUUCUCAAAACAAUCAUCCCAUAGAACAGAAUAAUAUUUCAUUUCAUUUCACAUGCUGAUUUUUCAAUCUCUUGUAGUUCUGUGCAGGUCUGAUCUGUUAAGUGUCAUCAUGGUAAAAAUUCUGAAAGGUAAUAUGUGAAUAUGGAAUAAGUGAUUUGUUUAAAACUAGAAAGCAGCAGUUGUUGUUCUAGUAUUUUCUACAGACAGAUGCAUUCCAUUACUGUAUUACGAAGUACAGCUUUGCUUUUCCAGCAUUUACUGUAAAAACUGGGGCUUGAGUUAGAUUUCCCAGGUUUGGUUGGGUUUUUUUUCAAAUCAAAGAGAAAAAUAAAAUCAAACCUAAAAUACUGAUGUGCUGUACUCUUUAGUGCUAAGUGACAGUUUCUACACAUUUUACCUCCUGCCUGGGGAAUUACAUAAAUGAGAAAUCUUGUUUUAAUUAUUUUCUUACGGAAUAUUCUUACGUUAAAUCAGUUCAACACAGAUGAAAACUUCCUAAGUUCAUCUUACAGUGCAAUUGUUCUUCAGAAGCCUUUACUGUACUGUACUAUUUCCAUAAAGUUCCAUCAAUAACAACCUGCUCUCAUUUGCAUCAGGCAAAUCACCUUCCCUUGCAGGAAGGGAAUCUUCCCAAGCCUCUCCAGCAUCAGCUGCUGUGGGCAGUGCAGGGUCCCUCGUCCACAGGAGGACAUGUUCCAAAGAAAGGACCAAAAUACUCAUUUGAAAACAAAAGAAUGCACUCAGAGAAUUGAGGUUCCAAGAGGGUUUGUUUGGGUUUCUUUCCUUUUCCUUUCACUUGUGUGCACGUGUGUGUAUAUAUUUUGUAAGGUGGAGCUUCAAAAGGAAAACAUGGUUAGAGGAACUCUUUAAGACCAGAAAUUCCAGAGUAGUAAAGUAAACCAAAGCUCUAAAGGAAACAAAAGCUGCUUUCUUGUGUUUCAAGAAAAGUUUAAAAGUUUGUGAUUCAUCCUGUAACUAAUGCCGUAACUAGAGUAUAUAAUUUGACUUAAAUUAAGUUUUCAUUUGAGAAAUAUUUUCAUUUUCUUUAAAAGAAUAUAGUUUUCUUCCAAGAACUUGGACCAACGUUGAUUUUUAUUUUGUAGGAAAUAAAUGAAUUCCCAGUUUGUAUAUCAUGUAACUAGUUUACAUGCUGAAAAUAUACAUUAGUUAACUAUUUUUGUAUAUAUAUAUAUCCUUGUAAAACCUUUCAAUGUGCUUCUGUCUUUUAGUCUUUAGAAUUACUUGUGGUUUUGUGUUUCAGUGUUUGAUUCCCCUGAUUGUUGAAGAAAAAAAUUGGGAAAUGUAGAUUUAUUUAUCUAAAGAAGAAGCUACUUGCUAUCAUCUUAAGUUAUUUAAUAUUAAAGUCAGAAGUUUCAUUUAACCUUAGAUGCUAUAAUCUGCUUUUUUCAAUAAAGACAUUUUGUAGUUA